AUGGUUGUGUAUUGGUACCCUUUUAUUUUGCUUCUUUAAUUUUCUGAGUUUUGGUUGGUGAGAAUCAAGGUCUUGUCAUAACUUUCAUUUUUAUGACUUUGAAUCUGAUCACUGAGAUGAGAAAGAACAUCUAGAAUAUGUCCAUUUUGGUCUAACUUUUGUGGGUUUCCUUGAGUUUGGAUUUUUCGGUGAGAAAAAUUUAAACAAGGGUUUGUUUUCUUGGAUAUUUAUUUGAUGAGUUUUGGGGGUUUCUUUGCUGGUGGUAGUGGUAGUGGUGGUGGCGGUGGUGAUGCUAGGUUGUUGGUUGAUAGUCCAUACACUAACAAUAAUAUGGCCAUUUCUGCUAUUCCUCACCAUCACUUGCUUACACCACCUAUUGCUCAGCCUCACUUCAACUCUUCUGCCCUCUCUCUGGCCCUUAAACCCAAGAUGGAGGGUCUUGAUGAUAUGGGUCUGAUUGGUGGUAAUUUUCAUCCUGGUGCAAUGGUAAGGACUAGAGAAGAGGAAUUUGAGAGCAAGUCAGGCAGCGAAAAUAUGGAAGUUCCUUCCGGUGAUGAACAAGAAAGGCCGAGGGGUAGAUCUCAAAAGAAAAAGAAAUACCAUAGACACACUCCCUUUCAAAUCCAAGAGCUUGAAGCUUCAUUCAAGGAGAAUCCUCACCCUGAUGAGAAACAAAGGUUGGAACUUGGGAAGAGGUUGAGCUUGGAAAACAAGCAAGUCAAAUUUUGGUUUCAGAAUAGACGAACACAAAUGAAGACUCAAUUGGAGCGCCAUGAGAAUUUAAUUCUGAAACAAGAGAAUGAUAAGCUUCGAAUAGAGAACAUUGCUAUCAAGGAAGCCAUGAGAAAUCCGAUUUGCAGUGGGUGCGGUGGAGCUGCAAUACUCGGUGAGAUAUCGUUUGAGGAAAAUCAUCUUCGGAUUGAGAAUGCAAGAUUAAAAGAUGAGCUCAAUCGCAUGUGUGUCCUGACUAACAAAUUCAUAGGAAGACCUUUGUCUCCAUUACCUGGUCCCUUCCCUCCUGCAAUGUCAAACUUCAACUUGGAACUAGCGGUAGGAAGGAAUGGCUUUGGUGGUUUAGGUCCUGCAGAGGCAUCAUUGCCCAUGGGAUAUGAUUUUGGCACUGGUGUUCCAAAUGCUUUGCAUGUUAUGCCUUCAACCAAACCUGGCAUGGCUGGGCUUGAUACACCGUUUGAGAAAUCGUUGCUUCUUGAACUUGCUUCAAAUGCAAUGAAUGAGUUACUGAAGUUAACUCAGAUUGAUAAUCCACUCUGGUUCAGAAGCUUGGAUGGAAAUUGUGAAACACUAAAUUUUGAAGAGUACACGAGGACAAUUACUGCUAUUGACAUGAAGCCUGGUCUGAGAACUGAGGGCACCAGAGCCAUUGGUAUGUCAACUAUCAACAGUGCGGCCUUUGUUGAGAUGAUGAUGGAUGCAAAUCGAUGGGCUGAUAUGUUUCCUGGCAUGAUUGGGAGUAGCUCUACUCUUGAUGUAAUCUCUGGUGGUAUUGGUGGCUCUAGAAAUGGUGCUCUGCAGUUGAUGCAUGCGGAGAUCCAAGUCAUAUCACCAUUGGUCCCCACUCGUCAAGCGAGGUUUCUUCGAUUCUGUAAGCAACAUGGAGAUGGGGUGUGGGCUGUCGUCGAUGUUUCUGUUGAUACCGUCUGUGAAGGUCCAAAUCCACACACAUUUAUGCAUUACAGAAGGCUUCCUUCUGGAUGCGUUGUGCAAGAUAUGCCUAAUGGUUAUUCUAAGGUUACCUGGGUAGAACAUGCAGAAUAUGAUGAGAGUUCAAUCCACCACCUGUACCGUCCUUUGCUCCGGUCUGGCAUGGGAUUUGGUGCACAGAAGUGGAUUGCAACCCUUCAAAGGCAGUGCGACUUCUUGGCAAGCAUCAUGUCCUCUGCUGGACCCAGUGAAGACAAUUCAGUUAUCACACCCAAUGGGAAGAGAAGCAUGGCAAAGUUGGCGCAGCGCAUGACUCGUAACUUCUGUGCUGGAGUUUGUGCAACAAAGCACAAAUGGGAAGUUGUCCAAGUCGGGAAUAUGGGCGAAGAUGCAAGGUUGAUGAUACGUAAAGGUGUUAAUGGACCUGGAGAGCCAUCUGGCAUAAUUUUGAGUGCCACAUUAUCUGUUUGGAUUCCUGUCCAACAGCAGCAAUUGUUUGAAUUACUGCAGAAUGAAGAACUGAGGAGUCGGUGGGAUCUUCUGUCCCAUGGUGGUCAAAUGCAACAGAUGAUCCGCAUUCCUAAGGGACAAGAUUCUGGCAACAGAAUCUCUCUUUCAUGUGCUAAUGCUUCCGGUGGUAAUUCAAAUCAGAGUAACGUGUUAAUACUACAAGAGACAUCCAGUGAUGCAUUCGGAUCACUAAUAGUUUCGGCAGCUGUUGACAUGUCAUCAAUGAAUGUGGUAAUGAAUGGGGGAGACUCUUCAUGUGUAGCCAUCCUUCCGUCUGGCUUUGCAAUAGUGCCGGAUUGCUUUCCAGACUCCACAGGGCCUAAUGAAAUGGUGGGAAAAGAAAGUAGCUGCCAAGGUGGCGGUUCUCUUCUGACCGUUGGGUUUCAGAUAAUGGUAAGUGAUCUCCCUGCAGCUAAGCUGACAGUAGAGUCAGUCGAGACCGUGAACAAUCUCAUUACUCGCACAAUUCAAGGAAUCAAAGAAGCAAUCCAUUGCAAUUAAACAGAAAGGGCUGGAGUAAACUGACUGAGUCAAGAACGAACCGUGGUAAAUCCAAUGUCUUGCGUCGAGUAGCGAAGGAUGAUUAUGAACUUGACAGGGAAGCAUGCAUGGAAUGGUGGUUCGGGUAUUGACUCAGUUCACCUACUGGAGAUGAGUUAGCUCUUACUAUUCAGUCACUUUAUUUAUUGUGUAUCUAAUUUGUUUGUUUGAGAGAGAAUAAUGGACUCCAUAAACUCUCCUGUCUAGUACCAUGUCUCUUGAUUUCUUUCCUUCUGGUCUGGAUACAUUUUUUUAUUUCUUAAUCAUUAGUGCUGUGUGAGGUUUGAUCAAAUAGCUCUUUAUUUAUUUA